AUGGGCGCGAAGGUUCGAGUACAGGAGAAACCUGGUAGAGUACCGAAACAUAGCUCACCGCCCGGGACUGAGGACUUACAAGCCGCCGUCGAGGCCGCUGUCAAGGAGAUCGUGGAGACGCAUGAGAAAGCGAUGCAGGCGAUUGCCAAGCAAAUGGGCUCAGUUCAGGAAUUUUACGCCUAUGCCGAUCUCCUCAAAUAUAACUACCUUAUCCGAGAUCUCUUCCUUUCCCAUCUCGCCGAGAUGUUUGCAGAUUUUGAAACUUUUGUAAUCUCAGGGGAUACAGAGCCUGUCUUGUCUUCCACUUACCCAUCACCAGACGAGAGUGAGUACUCCGGUUUGCAAGCCUUUGACAAGGUUGGCUUCCUCAGCGACUGUCCGGAA